GAAUCCAGAACUCUUGCCCCUCAAAAUGCAUGCCAGCAAACAUCCCUCAGAGUUCAAGGAUGUUCUGAUGCCACAUGAGACCCUAUUUGAGGAUGAGGGCGCAGAUCCAAAAAGUUCCUCAGAUUGUUGAGUUGCUGAAAAAGAAGUCGGUAGGGCUGCAGCACUUCAAACCAACAUCCUCCGUGUGCGUCCUGGAGGAGAAGGAUGCUGUGGAGGCUGCGUCGUGCCCUCACGCUGCCUCCAGAGCGCACAGCCUGGACGCCAUCCCUGGACCCACCAACUGGCCCCUGGUCGGCAGUCUGGUUGAACUUCUGCGGAAGGGCGGGCUGACAAGACAGCACGAAGCACUGGUUGACUAUCAUAAGAAAUUCGGCAAAAUAUUCCGGAUGAAACUUGGCUCUUUUGAAUCGGUCCACAUUGGCGCACCUUGCUUGCUGGAGGCGCUCUACAGAAAGGAGGGAAGUUACCCUCAGAGACUGGAGAUCAAACCCUGGAAAGCAUACAGAGAUCUGAGAAACGAGGCGUAUGGGCUUCUCAUUCUGGAGGGAAAAGACUGGCAGCGGGUGCGGAGUGCAUUUCAGCAGAAACUAAUGAAACCGACAGAGGUGGUGAAGCUUGAUGGCAAAAUAAACGAGGUGUUGAUAGACUUUGUUGCCAGAGUUGGAAAAAUAAAUGUCGAUGGGAAAAUUGAAGACUUGUACUUCGAGCUGAAUAAAUGGUCGUUUGAGACCAUUUGCUUGGUUCUCUAUGACAAGAGAUUUGGACUGCUGCAGGAGAACGUCAACGAGGAAGCAAUGAACUUCAUCACAGCUGUAAAAACAAUGAUGAGCACAUUUGGCAUGAUGAUGGUCACACCGGUGGAGCUCCACAAGAGCCUCAACACAAAAACAUGGCAGGAUCAUACUGCAGCAUGGGACCGCAUUUUCAGCACAGCCAAAGUCUACAUAGAGAAGCUGAAGAGGAAUGCCACUGGAGCUCCUGAUGACCUGAUUGGUGACAUUCUCCACCACAGCUGCCUCUCUAAGAAGGAGCUUUACGCAGCCAUCACUGAGCUGCAGAUUGGGGUGGUGCCGACAACUGCCAACAGUAUGCUGUGGGCUAUUUUCAACUUGUCACGUAACCCUGGCGCCCAGAGGAAGCUGCAGGAGAGUAGGGAUGUGGUGCCAUCCCUGAUCAGAACCCAUGUGGGGGAGCACAUCAAGAGCAUGCCCUACCUCAAGGCCUGCCUGAAGGAAUCCAUGAGGUUAUCGCCGUCAGUUCCAUUCACCAGUCGGACCCUGGACAAAGACACUGUGUUGGGAGAUUACGCCAUUCCCAAAGGAACAGUGUUAAUGAUUAACAGCCACGCGCUGGGUUACAAUGAGGAGUACUUUGAUGACGGGAAGCAGUUCAAACCUGAGCGCUGGUUACGGGAGAACAGCAACAUCAAUCCCUUUGCCUAUGUUCCCUUUGGCAUUGGAAAGAGGAUGUGCAUCGGCCGGCGGCUCGCAGAGCUCCAGCUGCAGCUCGCCAUGUGCUGGCUGGUCAGAGACUAUGAGAUUGUACCAACAGAUAAUGAGCCACUCGACGUGAUCCAUUCCGGUGUCUUAGUGCCCAACAGGGAAUUGCCUGUCGCUUUCAUAAGGAGAUGAAGAUCCAUAUUCAACUCUUCCGGACAUAGUGACAGAAAGAUGAUACCUCUGUUGCCAUGGCCCUGGUGGUUCAGUGACUCCCUAUAUUGCUGCUCUGUACAUAGAAAAAACAUAUAGAAAUGAAUAAGCAUUUAAUCACGCCAGAAAUACCUCAGACUUAUGUAUGAAGCUAUUUAAACUAUUACUUGUGACAUAUAGUUUGCUGACCAAAAUACCAGUUGUUAUGUACAAACUGAAUGUUGUACCAAGGCAGCUGUCUUCAAAUCUUUAUGUAAUGCUCUCACCUCAGACAUAGAUGUCAAUUACUUUAUGCAGUAUUUUGUUUCAUUGUAUAAUAAGUUAUAUACAUACUGUAGG